CCUUACCUGAAGAGCAGAAGCAGCAGCGGCAAUGGGGUGCAGGCUGGCCGUGCUCGCCUGCGUCGUGCUCUUGUCGGCGGCGAUGGCGAAUGGCAUCAGGACGGCGGGGACUGUUGCCCCCAGCGCUCCCGGCCCUGCUAUCACACCGACGGCGAGCGCUGCUGCCGCUGAAGUUGUGCCGACGCCACCGGUUGCCACGGUGUCUUCAGACCAGCAGCAGGCUCCCUUGGAUGAUCAGUACAAGGACAGCAAGAGGAAGGUGCCCAACGGGCCUGAUCCUAUCCAUAACAGGAGAGCCAGAUGGGGAGAAGCACCGGCGAGGAGAGUGUAGGACGACGACGACGUACAGAUUUCUUCUUUCUGAAGGCUAAACGCCGAGCAUACAUUGAUGUGGUCCAUCCAUCCAUGGCGGAGCAUGCGAUGUGCCUGAGCUCCAGGUGCAGCCAUGGUGGUGGUGCUCAUGAUGGUCGACGCCGACGACGCAAGUGAAGACGCACUUAUAUGUAUGCAUGUAUUAGAGAGAGAGGGUGAGAAGGAGAGACCGAGAUCACAAGGCCAUACACAGGAGGAUGGUACGGUACGGUCUACGGUGGCUGAUCUUCGCUUUGGCCAAAGUGAUCUGCUGGAUCCUCCCUCGAUGAGGUUUUUGAUGUUCUUCUCUUUUUUCCUUUUUUCCUUCUUUGGGGGUUUAAUGGUGUUAAAAGAAGCACUAGUCCAACUCCAAGUAAUCACUCACACAGAGAGCACGUAAAGCUCACACAACGCUCGAACAUUGAUGAACCAAUUAAAGACUGAAUUCUUGCAUUGCCUUCUUGGCGCAGAUUUUUGCA